GGCGCGAGGUGUGAUUAGCGUGGCGUGGAGAGGUUAAAACGAACGUCAUUGCAUGAAAAGAUUUGAUGUGGUUGUACGUAGGUUAACUUUUGAUUACAAGAUUAAACGGAUAUGUGUAAAUUUAGAUGUUGAUUUCUAUUUACAGUUAUUAUAACACACAGAAGAAAAUGUAAAGAUUUUAUAAUAGUUUUUGGAUAAGUGUUGUGCUAAAAAGAAACACACAAUUUAGUAGAUGCUUUAGACUUAUAACAAGCAAAAUAACAAACCAUUUUUUUAGUAAUGCGGGUAGUCAGCUAAGAGCAAAAUGCAGUGAUUAAACUCAAAGUAUAAAUUUCUGACAGUUGAUUGAUUCAAAAUAAGAAAAUGGUAUUAGACGCUUGACUCUUUCAAUGGAAGUGAUGUUCUAGGUUAGUUAAAUACUUAACUUUAAACUGAAACGAAACAAAACAAAAACUAGAUGGAGAAGGGCGAGUUUAUCUUCGGCGUGAGGCCAGAAUGUUUAUUUAUCAACACGCAACUCGGCAACAGGAAUCCGUUUCUGCGUGACGUCACUAAACCAAAUGAAAAUCCUGGCAUCCCCAAACACCUACAGAGCCUGUACGACUUCAAAGACUUCGCCAAAUACCCGGAUGCGUACUGGAAGCUCCGCGAGAGUCUGGAACCGGACGUGAUGGAAGCCAGCAUGAUUGACCGAGACCUGUACCGGAAGCAGCAGAUCUCCAGCCUCAAGCUGACCACCAUGGACAGGACGCCGCCCUCAUCACGUGACCCGUUUAUCAAAUGGCGCGGGAAAGCCGGAGACCCGUUGUUUUAUCCCCGGAAACAGACGGCCCAUCAUGUCAGGCGAGCCAAGACAAGCUCUCCUCAUAGGGCAGGUGGUAGCUCUAAGACCAACACUCAAGCCGACGCUACAUCGCAGCUGGAAAUCAACGCCAAGUCAUACCAUAACGCCAACAACAAACACAACACGAUAGUACUCGAGUCGGUGUCAGCUCUGGCUAAAGACACAGAGACAGACAGCGUGUUCACGCAACCUCAUUACCCUAGCCCGGGCAGAAGCGAAGUCUUAGAAACGAUGCCGGCGCUUUCUCAAACCUGGACUAGCCGGCAGAAUUUGAAAUCGUACGACGUUCAAGCAACAAGCACUACCUCGCUUGCUAGUAACCUACUCUCAAAAACGAAUUCCGACACCCGGAAGUUUCCCAUCAAACCUUCUGUGAUCAGCGUAGAGUUGGACCCACCUGAUUCCUUCAAUAGACCUAGGCUCUUCACCCAGAGAAGUCGAGCUCCAAGCAACGCGUUCUCAACAACUCGCGCUGAGGAAGCAUCAACUACUCACACCACGCCUGCCCGACGGAUAAAAACAGCCAGCACCUACACGACAGAACCCGACAUUGAAGCACAUUCCGACCCUGAAACUGUAACUUUAAACCAUUCCACGGCUGACUUUGAACUUGCAAAUGGAGUUACUCCAUCUCCUGAAAAUAUUGAAGAGGCAUCAUUGGUUAUCGACACCCACGCCCAAGUUAGUACAACAAAGAAUCAAACAUCUGACAGCACAGUACACGACACCGCAGGCACGUCACCCUCAGCUCUGGGGUUCAGACCUAGACAAUCACCCGUCCCCCUGAAGACGCUCCACUUAGAGAUGUUUAAGCCAACUGACACAGGGAAGGCAACGCCCCAGCAACAGACAGUAAGCCAGGAAGCUGGUGGAUACAAACUUGACAUUGUCAACAGUCCAGCACCGAAUGACCCUGAGGACGUAGACAGCAGACGACCACCACUGCCAGAAAACGAGGAGCAUGUCUGCAUCCUCAACAAAAACGCCUUCGCUUACAGGAAGAACUACGUCAAAUCCGGGAAAAAACACAGGAAGAAUUCUCGCCCUUCCAAGUCAGCCAACAGUGUCUGCUUGAAAAUCUCCGCUUGUUUCUAACAGAGACAACUCAUUUUAAUUUUUCAACAGUGCUGUCCCUUGAUUUGUGAGCGAGUGACCGAUUAUUUAAAGAAAAACAAUCAGAACAAUAUUAUUCUUAUAUAA